GGGGCCUCGCUGCCGUUAGCGUUUAAACGCGUCGGUGAUCGCGCGACCCGUCCGCGGCCGUUGGCGCGGCGCUGAGGCGGCGGGCGGAGCGUUGCGCUGCUCGCGGCAAGAGCGGCCGUGCCCUUGCGGAGGCCGCUGCGGGCCGGCUGCGGCCGGAGCCGAGGUAGAUGCCAGUUUACAAUGGGUCUUAAAGCCUUCUGGAAGGACUACAAAGUUCUGAUUGUUAUGGGAACUAGCCUUGGGCUGGUACACUGGGGGUGGUUUAACAUCAAGUCCAGUCCUAUUUUCCAAGUGAAGACAGAGGAGAGUUUUGUUCCAGAACCUGGGAUUGUGGCAUACGUGAUGCGAAAUGAACACAAAAGUAAAGAAAAGUAG